AUGUCGUCGGUGACCAUUGGCGAGCGACAAAAGAAACGUCCCAGUAGCUCGUGUAGUUCCUUCGACUCGAAGCCCCAUUAUCGGACACACCCACCACGCCACCUGCAGCACCUGGAAGCUGAUAAGGCACCGCAAUUUAUGCCGAACAGUCCCACUGAUUCGUCCCCCCCGACGUCGCCAAAGUGCGCUGUGCCACGCACGCAUACCAUGUCGCCCGCCAACAGCACCAUGCCAUCCAGCAAGCUUCCUUUCAGCAACAGUGUAACUGGAACUGGCGCAGUGCUCAUAGGACCUCUUGCAUCUUUCGACUCUGAGACACAACGAGGCAUGCUGGCCACCGCUGCUGAGUGUUGUUCUGAGAGCUGCAGCAGCGGCCUCUCGCGUGCUGCGGUGCUGCUGAGCAACCACGGUGUCGCAUCUCCACUCGUUACCCCGCGACAGCCCCCCUCGAUCUUGGCGGCUUUCUGCCCCCUUACUUCAGAGGCUUGGCAGUCGGGUACCAUGCGCGACGGCAUUGCAGUCGACGCGAACACGAUGUCUACAUGUAGUCGCACCGACUCGCGUACAGGUCUGCAAUCAUCACUCUUCUUUUCACCUGGUUGGCCGCAGUCGAGCAGGUUGGCAGCGGCACAGAGCGCACUGACCUCCCUCAUGGGUACGCCGGGCCAAUUCUCCACCAAUACCGCGGCUGAGGGCGACGAGACGGAGGCCACAGCGCGCAAAACCGCCGCGUUCUCCGCCAACCGCUCCGUGAGUCGUAUGUCUUCACCCGUGGAUUUUAUGCCGGUCUACCCUAUGCGGCCGCCGGAGCCUUUUGUGAUGGACUUCAGCAGCCCUCUCGUCCCCGAAGUCUCUUUUUUGACGUCACCAAACGUCUGGGCACCGCGGGCAGAGACCGCGAAGGGAUUCGGCGCCACGCCAGCGCCGUCCUCAUGUCUGCCGUCGGAGCCAUUGGAGCAGCAGUCGCUCUUGCGGUCCCCGCUACUUUACUCCUUGAUACCGCCGUCCAUCCCACCCAGCGCAUCUCUCUCAUCUGAGUUCGGCUGCAUUGGGGAAUCCAAGCAGACGCAGAACCGACUCUCGCGCCAUCGUUCAGCUGCUUCAGCUGAGCCAGACGAUCUUCUUUUGAGGCUGGGCAACAAACUUCGAGUGCGCGGGGCCGCAAAUGCGUCGCCGCUGCCUGCUGCUCUGCCUUCCGUGAAGAGCAAACGUAAAAAGCGCGACCAUCUUUUCACCUCACCCACGCGGCGCAGCUUUCGCAGCCCAUUGAUCAACUCGAAUGAGGCGUCUCUCUCGUCGUUUUUCGUUGCGCAGGAUGCGGAGGCACACAGUACCAUUGCGGUUGGCAAGGUGAGCGACGAAGAAGACGCAGCACAUCGAACCACCAGUGCCAAUGCCCACUGCUCGGGCCUCCCCGAGGACGUGGAAGGAGAAGAAGGCGUUACCGCCACCGCGCCUGCUACUACCACUGAUGACACAUUCGAAGACUUGUGGGGUAUUUUACCUGCAGCCCGGUGUGGCGGCGGCGCAACAGAGACGCCGUCUCACAUCACUACAUCAUCAGCGCCGUUCGAAACCGCGCCUGCGUUCCGUUGCGUCACUGCAUUCGCGUCAGAGACACAUGAGACAGACGACCAGCUUAGUGAAGAGUUGAACCAGCCCAGCCAUUUCUCGUGUGCUGUCAUUGAGAAGCAGCGCAAUGUGAUGGUGCACCAAUCUUCAGCAGGACAACAGCGCAACUCAGUCAAUAAAUUCACCAAUCCCCAACGUACAGUGAGCAAGGGGCUGACGCCGCAGCAGCUCCAGCGGCGUUUUUCUCUGCCCCAGGAUGACGCUAUUGAAGUCAAGCGAAGGAGUUGCCCUUGA